AUGUCUUCCCUUUUCGAUGCCGUUCUUCAAUCCGAGCUCUCCGCUACAGGCUCCCGUGAUCAGUUGCGAUCUGAUCACCUUCCUAGCUCUCGUCGCUCGGAGAGCAAUGGCCCCAUGAGUGAUAUGAACAAUUUCCCAGAUGACCAGGUUGUCGGCGCAGGCUCUUCGGCGGUCAGCAGGCUACGGAAUCCCUACGCACCGGGCCCCCCGCCCGUGAUCGAUGAGGCUGGAGAGAAAGUGCAGCAGGCAUUUCAGGAACUGCUGGAAACAUUCAUGGAAGCGCCCUCAUCAUCCGCCCCGCCAUCAUCGGGAGAGAUCCUGAGCGACAAGUAUUACAUCGCCCAGAUCAAGGGCAUGAAAAAAUUCGAAUUGUCCACCCUCUACGUCGAUUUCACUCACCUGACCUCUUGGGAAAAUCCCAUUCUGGCCGAUGCCAUAGCCAGCCAAUACUACCGUUUCCUCCCUUUUCUUACCAAGGCCCUACACAACCUGGUCGCCAAAUAUGAACCGGAAUACUUUGUUUCCCACCGCCUGGCUUCGACCGCCUCGACCCACUCCAGUGCCUCGGUGGCUUCCGCCUACGCCAAUGUCACAGAGAAUCCUGAAUUGGAGGGUCAAAUUCGCGGCAAGACUCGCCACCAACAGACCGACAAGCUAUUCGCCCUGGCUUUCUACAACCUGCCCUUGGUCUCUAGACUCCGACGACUUCGUACAUCGCAGAUCGGAAAAUUGCUGUCAGUCUCCGGAACUGUGACCAGAACCUCUGAGGUCCGACCGGAGCUCUCGCUAGGCACCUUCAUUUGCGAGGCUUGCAAGACUGUUGUGCCCAAUGUGGAGCAGACUUUCAAGUACACCGAGCCCACUGAGUGUCCCAACUCAGUAUGUGGUAACCGCAAUGGUUGGCGCUUGGACAUUGGCAAGAGUACCUUUGUCGAUUGGCAAAAGGUUAAGCUUCAGGAAUCUUCUCACGAGAUCCCGACCGGAAGCAUGCCGCGCACAAUGGAUGUUAUUCUACGAGGUGAGAUGGUGGACCGCUCUAAAGCUGGCGAGCGCUGCGUUUUCACUGGUACCUUGAUUGUUGUCCCCGAUGUCAGCCAACUAGGAUUGCCUGGUGUGCGUCCUGAAGCAGUCCGUGACAAUGCGUCUUUCCGUGGCAGUGAGGUUGGCGGGGGUGGUGUCUCUGGUUUGAAAGCUCUCGGUGUCCGUGAUCUGACCUACCGACUGGCUUUCCUUGCAUGCAUGGUGACCCCUGAUACUUCCACUCCUGGCCAGAAGCCCGAACAACAGCUGAGCGGCCAAUCCAACAACAUUCUGGCUUCUCUGAAUCAAAACACGGAUCCCGAUAUGAAUGAGGACAAGGCCCAAGAAGCCUUCCUCCAGAGUCUCACCCCUAGUGAGGUUCAGGACUUGAAGACUCUUGUUCACUCUGAAUACAUUUAUUCACGGUUGAUCGACUCCAUUGCGCCCAUGAUUUGGGGUCACCGCCAGAUCAAGAAGGGUCUGCUUCUGCAAUUACUGGGUGGUGUGAGCAAGAAGACCUCAGCUGAGAGCCUUCAACUGCGUGGUGACAUCAACGUUUGCAUCGUUGGUGACCCGUCCACCAGCAAGAGUCAGUUCUUGAAGUACAUUUGCUCCAUGCAUCCUCGUGCAGUCUACACUAGCGGUAAAGCUUCGUCUGCCGCUGGUUUGACCGCUUCCGUCGUGAAGGACCCUGAAACUGGCGAGUUCACCAUCGAAGCCGGUGCGCUGAUGCUGGCUAAUGGCGGUGGUAUUUGCGCCAUUGACGAGUUCGACAAGAUGGACAUUGCCGACCAGGUGGCCAUCCACGAAGCCAUGGAACAGCAGACUAUUUCCAUCGCCAAGGCCGGUAUUCACACCACUCUCAAUGCCCGCGCCUCCAUCCUCGCCGCUGCCAACCCCAUUGGUGGUCGUUACAAUCCAAAGCAAACCCUCCGUCAAAACUUGAACUUUAGCGCCCCCAUCAUGAGUCGAUUCGACGUGUUCUUCGUCGUUCGCGAUGAGCCCAAGGAGCACGUAGACCGUAACCUAGCUGAGCACAUCGUGAACGUGCACAUGAACCGCGACGAGGCUGUUGAGCCCGAGCUGAGCACUGAGCAGCUGCAGCGCUACAUCCAGUUUGCACGCACCUUCCGCCCGGUUUUCACUGAUGAGGCCAAGACUCUCCUUGUUGAGAAGUACAAGGAGCUCCGCGCCAACGACGCACAGGGUGGUAUGGGUCGCUCAUCCUACCGCAUUACUGUCCGUCAGCUCGAGUCUUUGAUCCGUCUGUCCGAGGCCGUCGCCAAGGCCAACUGUGUUGAAGAGGUUACUCCCAAGUUCGUCAUGGAGGCCUAUGAUCUCCUGCGCCAGAGUAUCGUGACUGUCGAGAAAGACGACGUUGAGAUUGAUGAGGAUGCACCGGCCGCUGCUGAUGUGGAUCAGGAGAUGGCUGAUCGUGACCGCGACGGUGACAGCCCGAUGCGUGAGGACGGAGAGGAGGCUGCAGCCCAGCCCAAGCCGGAGCGUACAAAGACCAAGAUCACCUAUGACAAGUACGCAAAGAUCAUGAACUUCUUUGUGCGCCGAGUCCAUGAAGACGAGGUCAAUCAAGGAGAGGGUGUUGAGCACGAGGACCUGGUUCUCUGGUACCUGGAGCAGAUUGAGGGUGAGAUGGACACCCAAGAGGAUUACAAUCGCGAACGCGAGCUGGCCACCAAGGUCCUGAAGCGCAUGGUCAAGGACCGUGUUUUACUACGCAUCUCAUCAAACAUGAUGGAAGAAAAUUCCAGCACUCAGCAGCCUAGCGAGGACGACAAGGUUCUCUACGUGUUGCAUCCCAACUGUGCUUUCGAGGAGCUGUUCUGA